GCAUCGCUUCAACAUCGCUUCAAGACAUUCUCAUUGGUGUCAAUUUCAGUCCCCACACCACACCACCAAUGUGACGCCAUCUUUAGCUUCGAAGGCGUCAAAAUCCGUUCGGCUUUCCAGCGCCCCACCAAACUUGGAACACGAAGAAAUAACCCCACCUAUUAGUGAAAAUAUUUCCCGUGAAUUUGUACUUGCGACGCCUAAAAAGCCAAAGUCUAGCAAUGCAGCAAACAAUAAGAUUGGUAGGUCCGUUCUGGGCUCAUCGUUCACCCUUUUCAAGCAUCAAGCGAUGGACCUCGAGUGGCUGCUCGCUCGUGAGAAAGCAGGACAAGGAGGCUCAAUACUCGCGCACGAGAUGGGUCUCGGAAAGACUGUAACUUCCAUAGCGUUGAUAAAGAAGACGCUCCAAGAGUCGAAAGCAACAGAUCUCGAGAAAUCCCUUGGGGUUCCUUCUAAGACUAGUGGACCCGUGAAAGCUCCCCCUAAACGACCGAAGACGACACUGGUUGUUGUCCCUAGUGUAUCUCUUCGCGAACAGUGGAUGCGCGAAAUUGGGAAAUUUGGUGAUGGACUAACAGCGAAAGUUCAUGAUGGGCACAUGGGUGUGGACGCUCUCAUGGACGUAGAUGUUAUCAUCACUACGUAUCAGCGAAUUGAACGUCGAAUGAGCAAGGAUUCUAAGGAUCCAGUUUUUCUGGCACGCUGGUCCCGCGUCAUUUUAGAUGAAUCGCAUAAGAUUAUGGGUUUAGGUGCUUGGUACAAGGCAUGCAUGGCUUUGCAGAAGCUUCAGGGGCUUUGUCUGACUGGCACCCCUCUCAUAAAUAAGCUAUCCGAUAUCCAACCCCAGCUCAGGUUUCUUGGGGUCACAGAUGAACGUGGUCCGGCUGCCGAAAGCACCGCUUUCGCUGUGCGCGGCAAACGGGGAUACUUCUCCAAGGUUUCUGCACACGUAGUCGCGGUAUGAUGUUGUUCCGCUAUGCGCAGUCAUUGAAAUGAUCCUUUUAUAGAAUCUUCUUGCGAAUUGUACGCGAUACAGGAGAAAGGUGGAUGUAAUUCAGC